AUGGAUAGUUUGUAUCAGCAGGAUCUAGAUAUCGUUCUGGAGGAGGAAAAACCAGAAGAUGUUUAUGAGAAAAACUGGGUGAGUUAUAAGAACUUGAAAUGGGAUCCCUGGGACAGCCGAGGCAAUGGCCUCGCUUGGUUUACGCUAUGGCAAGCUACAGAUUAUACGUAUAGCUCACCGCCGCCACAUGACUACUACAAGUCCCCACAUUAUCCACCCAAGCAUGAAGAGUAUCCACCGUAUUACUACAAGUCCCCACCUUCUCCACCUCAGCAUGAAGAGCAUCCACCAUAUUAUUACAAAUCACCCCCUCCACCAAAGAAAUCUCCACCACCACCAUACUACUACAAGUCCCCACCUCUUCCACCAAAGAAGGAAGAACAUCCACCUUAUUACUACAAGUCACCACCUCUACCCAAAAAAUCUCCUCCACCUCCAUACUACUACAAGUACAAGUCCCCACCUCCACCACCAAAGAAGGAAGAAUACCCACCUUAUUACUACAAAUCACCACCUCCACCUAAGAAAUCUCCACCACCACCAUAUUACUACAAGUCACCACCUCCUUCACCAAAGAAAGAAGAACAUCCACCAUAUUACUAUAAAUCACCUCCUCCACCAAAAAAAUCACCCCCACCACCAUACUACUACAAGUCCCCACCACCUCCACCAAAGCACGAAGAGCAUCCACCUUAUUACUACAAGUCUCCACCUUCAACUAAGAAAUCCCCACCACCUCCAUACUACUACAAGUCCCCACCUCCCCCACCAAAGAAGGAAGAACAUCCACCAUAUUACUACAAAUCACCACCUCCACCGAAAAAGUCUCCUCCACCACCAUACUACUAUAAGUACCCACCCCCUCCGCCAAAGCAGGAUGAGCAUCCACGAUACUACCAUAAAAAUCCCCCUCCACCUAAGAAAUCUCCUCCACCACCCUACUACUACAAAUCACCACCUCCUCCGCCAAAGCAUGAAGAACACCCACCUUAUUAUUACAAGUCACCUCCACCAAAGCAUGAAGAACACCCACCUUAUUACUACAAAUCACCAUCUCCUCCAAAACACGAAGAAUAUCCACAAUAUUAUUACAAGUCACCGCCUCCACCAUCUCCAUCACCACCCCCUCCAUACAUUUACAAGUCACCCCCACCUCCAAAAGGCUAUUAA